GCCGGGGUUUGCUAUUGGAUAUUGAAGCUUCAGUUUUCGUAAUAGCAUAAAACACCUAUUUCCGUAUUUUGUUAAAUUGUGCACUUUCUGAUUGCUGUCAGAGAAUUGUAAGUGUGCGGAAGCGGCUUUCCGAUUAAAUAUAAGCUUAACGAUGGGAAGUAAUCGUUUUUGUUUAAGUUAUAUUUUAGUAAAUGUUGUAACGUAAUUUUAGCAAAGGAAAAUAAAAGAAUUGUUUUGUGUCAAGCUUAAAGAGAGCAUCGCUUGAGAUAAAGAUGCCCAGUAUGUAUUUAUAUGCAAUCAACGCAGAAGGGCGUUUGUUUGGACUAUCUUCGUCCGGCACGAUGUGGAGAGAGUUUACGUACCUUGGAUUGGAAUUUAAACAAUUAUCUGCAGUGCCCCACUUUAUAUGGGCAAUUGGCGGUGAUCGGCAAGUUUAUGUCCACGUUCAUGGCUUCGAUGUACCAAUUCGCAUUAAAGAGGAAACAUACGAGAAUGAAAGAUGGUUCCCAAUAGAAGGCUUCAGUGGAAGACUACUGCCAACAGACAGAUACAAUUUUUCUAAUCACGAUGGCACAGUUGACCGUAGUCGAGAUAAAGUCAAAUUACCUUCGAUGGCCUGGCAGUGGGAAGGAGACUGGCACACUGAUACUACUAUGGAUGGUCAACCGCUUGAUCAUGAUGGAUGGACAUAUGCGGUAGACUUUUCUGCGACGUAUUCUACAAAAAAGCAGUGGAAGUCUUGUGUUAGAAGGCGUAAAUGGAUUCGCUAUCGACGAUAUAGCGCUAUGAAUUCCUGGUGUGCUAUCGCACCUCUUCAUAAAGAUCCUACAAAGGAACCGUUUAUAGUUGUAGCGGUUGGAGGUAACGACAUUCCAGGUGGGAAUCGCAGUGAUUUAAUGGUAUGGGCAGUCACGGCUCAUGGAAGGGUAAUGUUCAGAGUUGGUGUUAGUACUACAUGCCCUGAAGGUCAGCGGUGGAAUUCCAUUAAGUUACCUGUCAGUUGCGAAGCUUCUCAUGUUAGCGUCGGAUUAACAGGACUGCUAUGGGUACUCUUAACGAAUGGAAAAGCUUUAGUUCGGACCGGCAUUACGAGAGCAAAUCCAUCCGGUGAUGAAUGGACGGAGGUCGAUCCUCCACAGAAAGAUAUACGCUUGACUCAAGUAAGCGUGGGCAUGGAUGCUGUCUGGGCAGUAACUAAUGACGGCAAUGUCUGGUUUCGGAAGGGCAUUAAGGGAGAAAUGAGUGGUGUAUGUGUGCAAUUAGCUACUGGGACAGGAUGGGUAGAAAUGAUGAGUAAAAUGACUUCGGUAUCGAUUGCUCCUAAUGACCAGGCUUGGGGCAUUGGAUACAAUGAUCGGAGUUUGUAUUUUCGAACUGGCAUUACUCGAUCCGAACUAACAGGAAAGAAAUGGCGGUUGAUUAACGUGCCAUUACAAUUAAGUAGAGCAAGUAGUAACGCCAGUCUCAGCCUUACCAGUAAACGUAGCUUGAGUGGUGUACUACAACAACGUCAUCAAAGUUGGGUUUCUCUUAAUCGGUCCCAAAGUUCAAGUGAUGGCACUGAUAAUUAUAAGGAAUGGGAAGAACAGUCGCGCUCGGCGCCAACACCUACCUCUCUAAAACUAUGGAAACAUCCUGGUGAUAGUACUCUGGCGUCUAGUUCUCAGGAAUUAUCAUUCCAAGAAUUGUACCAUAACGAAACAAAAAAGCGGACGGAAACCUCACUGAUUAUGAAUAAUCUAGCUGACACAAAUGUUAAUGACAUAACUAUAUCUAAUGAAUCUUUAAAGAAAUCUGGUGAAUCAAUUGUUGUUUCUGGAGAAGGAAUGAGCAGUACAAUUAAGGUUAACCCAGCAGCAUGGAGUCCGAUUCAUUCAGUCGGAUCUAUGGUAGGUGCAGAAGCACAUCCUGAAACUGAUGAUAGCAUAUUCGAUCCAGAACCGAAUGGCGAUUUAAAUUUUUAUGGUGAGGAAGAAAGCGGAAUGACAAUGUAUUGGACGGAGUGUGACAUUACAUGGUGCAAAAUUGAAGCCGGUGCUUGUGCCAUUGAUCCAGCAAAUCCUCCAAAAUGGCUAUUAGACACAAAUAACGCAAUACUAGAAGAACUGGCAGAACCAUGGAGAAUACUCAUUUUAAAUGAGUUGAAAAAUCGUGUCAAGGACUUAAGCCACGAUCUUCUGAACUGCGAAAGAGCUGUUGAAAAAUCGUCAUGGAUUAAAAAAAGUGAUGCCCGCUGUAAACUUAAAGGUAGUUCUACAUAUGAAGAUUGCAUAGUUGAAUUAGAAUGGAUCAACGAUGAUGCUAGUUCAUUAGACUCGGGAACGUUAACUGUUUUAAAUGCAGAUGGGGCAACAAUCAUUACGCAGUUUCCGCUUUCUGAAAUCUUAUGUGUGGUAUGCUGUAGCGAACCUGGUCUUCCACAACUGGCAAUUCACACACCUCGACUACGAAUUUCAAAAGUUCUUAGGCUUCAAUUUGCGAGCACUGGAGAUAUGGAAGAUUGGAUGGCUAAUCUCACUGCAGUAUCUUGCCAAUUAAAUAAUCUACUUGGGAAGCCUGGACCCAGUUCGAUAUGGGGAACAACUGCACUUGGGGAUGUUUUCGUCUUUGAUACUGAUAAUGCCGAUGCGGUUGAAGUUAAUGAUGGAAUGUAUACCCAAAACUUGGAUGUAGUUGGUAAAGAAUUACCUUUUGAAUGUAUUUUGCAAAACGGAUUUGGCCCAGGAAGCUCUAUUCAAAUAUCUGCGAAUGUACAUGAUGAUGCUGACAGGUUAACAGUGAAUCUAGUUUGUUACACAACUGUGCCUCAGAAACAAAAAAAUGUAACGGAAAAUCAUGAUGUGGCACUUCACUUCAAUCCGCGAUUGAAGGAAAAUAUAAUUGUGAGAAAUACAUUCCACAAUGGACAAUGGGGAGCUGAAGAAAGAUUCGAUGAAAGCCCUAUAAAGGCAGGCUUGAGUUUUACCUUGAGUAUCAACUGUGAGGACCGAGGAUACAGGAUAUUCAUAAACAACAACGAAUUUACUUGUUACGGUCAUCGCCUUACACCAGAAAGUAUCACGCAUUUACGAAUUAAAGGCUUCAUGACGCUGAGCAGAGUGGUGUAUAAAUCUACAUAUAUGAUUAUUGAGCCAAUGGCAAUGUUUUGGCGCCAGAUGGGCGGACAUCUAAAAAAGGUUGAGACCUGUAUUAACGGAGUGACUUGGGGCAUUGGAAAUGACAAUACUGCCUGGGUUUAUACCAAUAGUUGGGGUGGCUCCUUUUUAAAAGGAUUAGGAGGUGACAAUACCGGAAUUAAUUCGAUGAUUGAUUUUUACAAUUAUUUCGUGUAUGAAAAUCAGCGCUGGAAUCCAGUGACUGGUUAUACAUCACAUGGACUACCUACAGAUCGAUACAUGUGGAGUGACAUCACUGGACGACACAAACGUACUAGAGAACACACCAAGUUAUUAUCGAUGCACUGGCAUUGGGUAUCGGACUGGCUCAUCGAUUUCCAUACUCCAGGUGGUGUAGAUCGUGAUGGAUGGCAGUAUGCUACAGACUUUCCAUCGCAAUAUCACGGACGAAAACAAUUUACAGACUACGUGAGAAGACGCCGAUGGUAUCGAAAAUGUCAAUUAACAACAAGUGGUCCGUGGCAAGAAUUGGGAAACACUAAGGUCAUUGACCUAUCAUUAUAUACUUCCGAGAGUGCUGACCCAGAUUCUCCAAUACACGUCUGGGCUGUCGCAACUAACGGAGAGGCACUGUAUAGACGAGGAGUAUCUCAGUUCUGCCCAAUGGGUAUUUUGUGGGAACAUAUACCCAGUGAUCAACCCUUGAUCGGUAUUUCUUGUGGGAUUAACGGUCGAGUUUGGGCAAUUGGUAAAAACGGUUCUGCAUGUUGGAGAGUUGGGAUAAAUUCUUCAAACAUAACAGGUGAUCAGUGGGCAAACGUUGAACCCCCUUCAGGCGUUCAUCUAAAACAAAUUGCAGUGGGUAAAAACGUGGUAUGGGCCCUAGACACUAUGGGUAGACUGUUCGUUCGGCGUGGAAUCCGAGAAGAUGAUCUCCCAGGUGGAACCUGUUGGCAAACUUUGCCUACAAUGCCGAAUGACCCGAUUCAUAUUGAUUUAUCAGUCAUGACUGCAAAACAAGGUUUUCGACACGUUGCCGUUACACGAGAUGGACGACAAGCAUGGGCGAUUUCUGGAUCUGGUAUCGUCUGUCGAAGAAUCGGUACCACGGCCGAAAACCCUGCUGGUACGGGGUGGACCACGGGAAUUGGGGCAAACUGGCAACAUAUAAGUGUCGGCGGCCUUCCGGAAAAAACCUAGUAGAAUGUUGAAGAAAAGAAGAUCAGCCAGCUAUUUAAUUUUAUUUAUGGAAUUUUAU